GGUUCCACCGAGUAGGGUGCGCGGCAUGGCGGGCGGGGCUCGGGAGGUGCUCACGCUGCAGUUGGGGCACUUUGCGGGUUUCGUGGGAGCACACUGGUGGAACCAGCAGGAUGCUGCGUUGGGCAGGGCCACCGAUGCCACGGAGCCGUCCGGAGAGUUGUGUCCCGACGUCCUGUACCGAAGAGGCCGUACACUGUAUGGCCAGGAAACCUACACGCCUCGACUUAUCCUCAUGGACCUGAAGGGCAGUCUGAGCUCCCUAAAAGAGGAAGGAGACCUCUACCGGGACAGACUGCUGGAUGCUGCCAUAGCGUGGCAGGGCAAGCUCACCACACACAAAGAGGAGAAGAUCUACCCAAAGAAUCCUUAUUUCCAGGACUUUCAGAGUGCAGAGGGAGUGCUUAGUGAUGGUGUCUGGAGGAUCAAAUCAAUCCCUAAUGGCAAAGGUCCCCCACUGGUCACCAGUGUUUCAAAUCCAAAGCCACUUUUCCCCACAGUGGGCAGCAUCAAAGUCUGGUCAGACUUCCUCAGAGUUCAUCUCCAUCCCCGGAGCAUCUGUCUGAUUCAGAAAUACAACCAUGAUGGGGAGACAGGUCGGCUGGAGGCUUUCGGCCAAGGAGAGAGCAUCCUGAAGGAACCCAGGUACCUGGAGGAGCUGGAGGACAGGCUGCACUUCUAUGUGGAAGAAUGUGACUACUUACAGGGUUUCCAGAUCCUGUGUGACCUGCACGAUGGCUUCUCUGGGGUAGGCACCAAGGCUGCUGAGCUGCUGCAAGAUGAGUAUUCAGGACGGGGAGUAAUAACAUGGGGCCUGCUGCCAGGCCUCCAUAAUCUUGGGGAACCACAGAAGAAUAUCUAUCGUCUAUUAAACACAGCAUUUGGUCUGGUGCACCUGACGGCAUCCAGCUCUUUCGUCUGCCCCUUAUCACUGAAUGGAAGUCUGGGUCUGCGACCUCAACCACCCGUGAACUUCCCUUACCUGGACUAUGACGCUGCCCUGCCCUUUCACUGCAGUGCCAUCUUGGCCACAGCCCUGGACACAGUCACUGUUCCUUACCGCCUCCGUUCCUCUCCAGUGUCCAUGGUUCGGCUGGCAGAUAUGCUGAGCUUCUCUGGGAAGAAGGUGGUGACAGCUGAAGCAAUCAUCCCCUUCCCCUGGGUUCCAGGCCAAUCCCUUCCUGAUACCCUGGUGCAGCUUGGAAGAAGUACCCCAUGGACCCCACUAUCUGCAUGUGGGGACCCUUCCGGAAAAUGCUGCUUUGCCCAGUCAGUGGUGCUGAGGGGUGUAGACAAAGCAAGUCACACCAGUCAGCUUCCCCCAGGGACCCCUCUGCCCUCCCCACUCCAUGCGUGCCUCACUGGCGAAGAAGUCUUGGCCCAGUAUUUACAACAGCAGCAGCCUAGAGUAAUAAGUUCUUCCCAUCUGCUGCUGGCACCCUGCAGAGUAGUUCCUCCUUACCCGUACUUCUUCUCAAGCUUCCACCAGCAGGGUGUGAUCCCUGGCUGUCCUCUCAGAGAUACAGCUGUGCAGAGCAUCCCCGUGUUUGGGGCCCUACGUUCCUCUUCAUCCUUGCACCAGACCCUGAGAAGCUUGGCCAAGGAGCUCACACAACUCGACCUACGGCGCUGGGCCAGCUUCCUGGAUGCUGGAGUGGAACAGGAUGAUGUAGAAGAACUGUUGCAGGAACUCCACAGCCUGGCCCAGUGCUACCGGGAGAGUGACAGCCUCACAGACUGAAACUCCUGGGGUGGGGACUACACUU